AUGGCCCAGAUAACUCCCAUAAAGGGGUUCACAAAUACUCCGGUGACCCGAUCAAUAUGUUUGGUGCUGACAGUGACGGCGAUAGCGCUCUCUGUACUCGGAAUCAAGCACUAUGUCCACCUCGAAAUGGAUCCCCACAUUAUUGAGUAUUCGCAAUACUGGCGCAUUGCCACCUACCAGUUGCUGGUGGUAAACGAAAGCGACUACUUAUUGACGACAUAUCUUUGGUUCUACUUCAAAGUGCUUGAGAGAUUCUUUGGCAGCCGCAAGUAUUUGUCUCUCGUGGCUCUUCUUUACGGUGUCAACGCUUUGGCGGUAUUUGCCGUCAUGGCCUUAGGCCAAUUGGGGUGCUACAUCACAUCCUACCUCACCAGUACCAUCAUAUUCAGAGGGGCUGGUUCUGAUUUCUUGCCAACCAUAUUCAACGAAGUUACCCCAGGACCGCUUGCCAUUUUAGCCCUGUUGUACGUGGUGUUCUCAUAUGUUAUCCCCAAACUGUACCAGUUUAACAUUGUGCUUGCAAACCCCUGGAGACCCAAUGAAGUAUCUAAGCUGGUCACGUUGACAAACCACUUCGCCAUCCAUAUCAUAUUUUUCAUGCUUGUGGUUAACAAUGGAUUCAAGCUGAUAAUACCACUGGUGGUAGGCCUCUUAGUGGGCAAGCUAUACGUUCACCACUUACUUGUGGGCGAGAAAUGGAUGGUGCCGCAAUGGGCGUUCAAUCUAUUCGUUAACCCUAAGAAGUUUAUGCUACAGCUGAGUCCCAGCCGAGACAGUUACAUGCCCGCGCCAACCCUGGAGAAUCCUGUGAAUAUACCCGACCCAGAACACGACACUCCCGAGCAGGUGGACGAGGACGGGGGUAGUCGGGAGCCCAAUGUGAUUCGGGCAGAGACGCCGGCGCGUCCAUUGGGGCUGCAACUUUUGGAUACGUUCAGAAAUUGA